AUGUUUAAAGUGUGUUUUGGUAGACGUAUAACAGGAACAGAAACUGUGGUAUGUGAAGCCAAAUUGACCACAGUACAGACCAAGGGCAAACAUUUCAACGCAAUUACGUGCGAAUCGUGUAAAAUAAUAUUUCGCAGAAAUGCCUACAAAUACGAGACAUUAUUAUGUAUUAAAGACAACAAUUGUAUAAUAGAUGUGUUGAGACGUAAGGGCUGUAAGAAAUGUCGUCUCCGGAAGUGUUUUGCGGUCGGAAUGAGAAGAGAGAGGAUAUUGUCUGAAGAAGAAAGGGGUUUGAGAUUAGAGAUUAUCCGUGAAAACAGAUUAAAGAGACAGAAGAGUACUGAUAUGCAAAAACUUGGUAAAAAUCCAAACAAUAAUAGGGAUAACACUGUUGUAAUGCAUACUAAUAAUAAUAAUGAACAUGGUAAAUUGAUUGGAAAUGUUUGCCCUUACUCUGCAUACCUGGCCGUUGAGAGUUCGCUCAAUACAUAUAAUGCAUAUUUCAAUGAUAUGGAGACCAAUAGAUUGAGAGAAUUGUAUUCGUUGCCAACGAUUACAUCCGACUAUCAAUUGGAUGUAAUCAACAAAUACUGCAAAAACAUUGUCUCACAGACUGUCGGCAACCAAUUGUUGGCCAUAUUUUUGGAGCAAAUUGUCACCAAAAAUGUCAACACUUGUAAAGACCUUAAGGCAUUUAACGAUUUAAAUUAUAAACGGUACGUGUUUGCAAAUGUGCUAGCUGAUUUAUGUGACUGGGAUAACCACGUGGUCAAUCUGAUGAUAGCGCUAAUACUGUUUAACCCGAAUCGUCCGCAUCUGAUCCAUAGGGAUGUGAUUGAGUUUCAACAACACGUUUACAAACAUUUGCUCCAAAAGUAUCUUAAAUUCAAAUACAGAUCGGAAUACGAGUCGAGCCAUAAUUUGUUGGUAUUUCUGAAACUUAUGGCUCGACUCGUAUUCCGAUCGGUAUUUAAAGUGGAGAUACUUUCGGAGCAAAUGUUUGUAAACGUGUUGUUGAAACUCAAUCACAUCCCUAUGGAUCAGAUGCGGACGAUUCGGGUUAAACAGUAUUAUGGCAGCCAUCAGAUUGAACACGUACCUAUCGUAUUCCCAAACAUGAUCUAG